AUGUAGUCACAGAAAUUAGCAGCUAAAGAUAAGCAGCAAAUAUCGCAAAGGACUUCUAGUACAAGAAGACAACCUCUUAGAUCAAGUUAACCAACUGAGGAGUAGUCUAAGAGUGAAACUGUCAAGUUAAGUUCAAAGAUAAAGAAGCAGCCAUAAUAAGUCUAAAAAUAGGAAGAAAUGUCAACUAAUCAGUAGUAAAACUCAAAAUAGAGGUAGAAAUCCUAGGAUAAAUUGUCCUAGAGGAGAGGCCAAAUCAAGGGGGAUCUCAAGAAAACCAAUUAAAAACCUGACUUGAGUGAUGAUGAAGAGAUGAAAGAUGAAUCUGCUCAUAACAAUGAUUAAUCUGAAGAAAUUAAGAACAAGAGAUAACAAUAAAAAAGUGGGAAAUUCAAAGGCUUAGUAGCUUCUGAGAAUAAAGUAAAAUCUGACAAAAUAGUCCUUCAAGAUCGAAUUAAAAAUGAGAGCUAAAUGGAGAGCAAAUAAAGAAUAAAAUUUAAUGGGUUUAAAGAAAAUGAUAGUUCGAAUCAGAUGUGCCAAAUUUGCUUCUAGGUGAUGAAGUACCCUUUAAUUAUUGAUAAUUAAAGUGAAGCAGAUGAUCAUAUAGAUGAAGAUGAGUCGUUUGAUGAAGAUGAACUUACUGAUGAACAAAAGGAGGCAAAGCGUAAGUAUAAUUUUCCAAAUAACUUUUAAUUAAUAGUGCUCUAUUAGUUGGUGUACUGUUAGGAUUGUACUGUUCCUGUUCAUCUGAAUUGUCUUGGUGAAGGUUUUGACCUAUAUGAAAUCAUCAGACACAAUUAUAAAUACAUUAUAUUCAAAUGCGAGAGAUGUUCUCUUAAAUAGAAGGACAGAACUUUAAUCACAAAAUGUGUUGCUUGUAACUUUGAUUCGGGUUUUAUAAAGGCUGUCAAAAUUGAUAAGCCUGAUGAUCAAGGUGCAGAUGAGUACAUGUUUAUUCAUCAAAUAUGUGCUUUUAGCUUUAAGGACAACUUCUACCUAAGUGAUCCAAUUAAAAUGGAGUUAAAAUUAAGACAUUCUAAAGAGCAUUUUUUAGAGGAUUGGAUAUAAAAGAAAUAAACAUGCACUAUUUGCAAGGGCAAUGGAAAGCUGGUUGAAUGCUCUAUCAAAGAUUGUGACAAGUUUGCUCAUGCUUAUUGCAUUAUGAAUUUACUGAAGGAAUAUUACUACUACCAGUCAAUUAGUGACGAGGAAGGAGAAUCAAAGAAUAAUAAUCGAUGGAUGUAUUAAUUAUUUUUCUCUGAAGAUUAGAUUGAAAUAGUAUUUUAGAUUCUCUGUACUGAGCAUUAUGUUUAGCAUGCCUAUUAUUGUUAUUGCGAUAACUAAUCUCCAGAUAGCGGCAUGGUUAUUUGUGAAUAUUGCAAUAUCUGGUAUCACGAGAGCUGUACACAACCGUUCGAAAAAGAGAAUAAAUAUCGAUGCAAAAAGUGUGAACAAUGGAUUGAUAAGAUAUAGAAUCCAUUGCUAGAUAUUGUAUUAAAAAGAAAAACAUAUAAUGAACUGACGAAUGAAGAUCACUCUAAAUGGAAUUUUGAUGGUAUCUAUUUUACUGAUCAGGAAACAUUAAAUACUGAGAGCAAGAUAUUUGAAUAAAUUCUCUAUACCAAGGCAUGGCAUCAAUUGAGUCGUUAUCUUAUUGAAGAAGUUACUUCAGAAAGCCUAAUUGAGGAGCAUUUGAAAAUUGGUCGAAGGUUGUUUUUAUCUAGUUUUGAAAUUGAGGCUGAAUUAAAAUAAAGACUAAAGACAAGUCGAGUAUAAGUAAGUUUACUAAUAGCAGAUUUAAAAAAGAAAAGUGAGACUGAGUUUAAAGAAGAACUAGAUGAUAAAUUGCAAUUAAACUAAGAGAAUAUAAAAUUUAACAAAGGAUUACUUGAUAGACUUCAAAAAAACUACUUAAAAAUUUUAAAUGAUGAAAAAUUCAUAAACGAUGAAGUGAUUGAGCUAAAAAAUGCUAGUGAAAGAUAUAAAGUUUUGUAAGAAGCAAACUAAAUUUGUAAAGUUCAAAAAUAAAAGCCAGAGCCUGAAGAAGUAUAAGAUAUAAUAGAUUCUCUUUAAGAGUAAUAACUGCAUCAAUUCAAAGCAUUUAGCCAUUUAAGUUCGAUAUUAAGUGAAUAUCAGGAAUGGGAACAAUAAUGUAUUGAAAAACUAAAGAGCAACGUGAUUAUUGAUGAGAAAAUAGAGAAUAAAUUUGAGAAUUUCAAGAAGUCCAAAAGAGGUAUUGAUCUUUAGGAAAGAAGAUUUCACUAUUUAAAAGAAGUAUUUGUAAAGAAAUAAACUUGCGAAGAGGGAUUGAAGAUGGUCUUAGACGGCUAAAGAUUGAGAGUUGAUAUUACAGAAGAUCUAAAAUAAAUUAAUUCAACAAUAGUUAAAAUAGAGAAGGCGGAAAAAGAAAUUAAUAAGAUGGAGAGAUCCAAUAACAAGCCAGUUAAAAAUAUACUUACAGCAUUUAAAGUUCUGGCAUGCAUGCCUUUAAAGACAAAAAAUAUUGAAAAUUUAUUGUAAAAAUGGCAUCAAAGUAGCUUAUGGAACUCACGUGCCUCUUAUUUUAUUAAGGAUAAAAAAUAUGAGAACUUACAGCUUUGGGUAGAUGAAGUUUAGCAAAGUUAGUAAGAGGGAUCAAGUAUGGAUAUUGAUGAAGGAAAUAGCAUUAAGCAAAAUAAUAAAAAUUAUUAGUGGACUUUAGCAAGUGCCUAACUACUUUUAGAUGAAGCAGAUUAGAAGAAGAUAUAUUUUGACUUGUAGCUAUACAAUUAAGUUAAAGAAAAGAUAAUGAUAGUAGAAAGAUUAAAAAUGUCAUUGAGAGUGAUUAAGUAGGACAAGCAUGAUGAGAAAACUCUAUAAAAUUACUUAAAAGAACUAAGAUAUAUAGAAAACGUAGAUUUUUCAAAAGAGAUUAAUGAGACGAAAUAAAAGUUAAGAUUAAUGUCUGAAGUAAAUUAAGCAGUAACGAAUGAUUCAAAGAAUAAACAAAAUAUUGAGAUGCUGGAAGAGCUAAUGAAGUGA